CCACAGUUAAUAAGGAAAAAAAAGGCUUUCGGGAAAAAAUCUAUAAAAUAAAUUUUUGAAAAUAUAAACGUUCAUCGAUUGGAGCUUUCCGGGAACUCCCUUCAGAUUCUUAACACUUGAUAUUUAAAAAAAAGAAAAAGAAAAAAAAAAAGAAGAACUCAGGUGGACACAGUUAGAAAGAAAAAAAAAACAGAGGCAAGCCAAUCAGAUCGCUCCUUCUCCCCUCGGCCAAUGGCAGGCGCCACAUUGUUGUCAAAUUUGUCUAAUGAAAACGUAGGAGCAACAAUAGAGAGAGGAGAGAGGGUCUGUAUCCACUCCCAAUCUCUGGAGGAAGUUAGUGUCUCAACCCUUCAACUCCUGGACACAUUGAACUUUACAGGAUCUUCUUCUUCCGCCUCGGACUCUUUUCAAACCUAAACUCCUCUUAUUUUUUUUUAUUUUUUACCCAAUUACUUAGAAAGUUUCUAUUUGAGUUUCGAUCAUUAUUUAAAAUCUGUAAGAAUCUGCUGACUUCACCUGUUGCGCGUAAAAUGUUUGAAAGUGCGCAGCAGAUGUGAUCAGCUCCAAUUCACUCAAAUUUAAUCGUAAAAAAAAAGGUCGUCUUGUUAAACGUUUCGCUGCAGCGGUGAGGAAGCGGCCGAUGGAUCUGCGACCGGAGCUCCCCUCAGCCUCCUCGGCCUCUCAGGUCCACCCGGGAGCGGCGGCCGCGGCGGCGGCGGCAGCCUCCAUCCCGGUGUCCAUGGCCGGGAACCUGCUGCGCGGGCCCCCGCUCCUUCUGCGCGCCGCGGACAAGUACCCGCGCACGCCCAAGUGCGCGCGCUGCCGGAACCACGGCGUGGUGUCCGCGCUCAAGGGCCACAAGCGCUACUGCCGCUGGAAGGACUGCAUGUGCGCCAAGUGCACGCUGAUCGCCGAGCGCCAGCGCGUCAUGGCCGCGCAGGUGGCGCUGCGGCGGCAGCAGGCGCAGGAGGAGAACGAAGCCCGCGAGCUGCAGCUGCUCUACGGCACCGCCGAGGGGCUGGCCCUGGCCGCCGCCAACGGCAUCAUCCCGCCGCGGCCCAACUACGAGGUGUUCGGGUCCGUCAGCAGCGAGAGCAACUCAGAUUCUAGUAUCCAGAAGUUUGAGCUGUUCCCAAAGACCCAGCUGUCCGGGUCCAGCACCCCGCAGAAGUCUGCGGGCAAACCGGCCUCCACCGAGGGCGACUCGGCCCCGGGCGUCUCCUCCCCCGACGGGCGGCACGGAGGAGGCUCCGGCUCGGAGAACGGAGACAGCGAGUCCUUCAUCAGCUCACCGGUGUCCAAGCCUCUGAAAGACGGGGAGGAGACCCCCGGCUCCGUCAGCUCCCUGGGCUCGGAUUCGGGCUCCGAGACCGACAAGGACGAGCAGGAGCCCUCCCCUUCCUCCGCGGCCUCGCGCCACAUGAACGCCAUCGACAUCCUGACCCGAGUGUUCCCCAGCCACAAGCGCAGCGUCCUGGAGCUCGUGCUGCAGGGCUGCGGCAAAGACGUGGUGCAGGCCAUCGAGCAGAUCCUCAACAACAGCGGCGCGCAGACCCCCAACAAGGCCGGCCCCGCAGAGGAGCCGUGGACGGCGGAGAGGAUGCUCCAGAGCGCGCAGCAGGCGUCGCCGGCGUCCGCCACCGCGGCCGCCCCGACCAGGCCGAUGCUCCCGGGCGCCAUGACGCUCAGCAACCGCUCCGCCUUCUCCCCGCUGCAGCCAAACGCCCCGCACUUCGGCGCGGACCCGGGCACCUAUCCUCUGGGCACCCACCUGGGACUGAACCCUCUGCGGCUGGCCUACUCUGCGCACAGCCGGGGACUGGCCUUCAUGGCGCCCUAUUCCACCACCGGGCUCAUGCCCACCCUGGGCUUCAGACCCCCCAUGGACUACGCGUUCAGCGACCUGAUCAGGGACAGGACGAUGUUACACAAGGAGCAGAGUUACAGCAGCAGCCUGUACGGGCCUCUAGUCAACAACACACCGGACAAACCGUGAGCCUGCAGCGGACCGAACACAGACGCGCUCCAAGUGUUGCUGACCUGUCAUGUGCUCUGGCUGCACCUCUGCUGUACAUAUUAGGAUUAUCUGGCUUGUAGUCAAAAAGUCUGAUUUUUUUUGUUUGGGGGGGGGGGGGGGGACUAAACGGAAUUAUGUGUGACUUUAAAAUUAAUUUUAUAUGUUAGACUGUAAAGGUUUGAGCGACUUUCCCCCACUUUUGUUUCUCAUCUUGCCACCAAUGAAUUAGGCUCCAAAUUAAACCAAAAAUAACAAUUCAGCUCAGCACAAAUGCAUCUUUUAUGAUAAAAUAUGCAAAAAUAAUUGUUUGAACUUAAAUGGAUUCUUAUUAAUAAAACUGAAGAUGGUGGUCAAAGAUGAGGAACUGAAGCAAACAUUAAGUUAUUGCAAAUGACUUCCCGCUGUAAAACUAAUAAUGUGUAAAUGCCAAUCGUUGUUUUUAUCAUUUCAGUAAUCUCUUUUUUUUUCUUUUUUUUUUAGUUUGUUUCCAACUGUCUGCAUUGUAUUAUAUCACAUUUUUGGUCAUAUGAAAUGCUAUAUUUGACUUUUUGGUUAGUCAGAUCAUAUUCAGUGAUGGACAAAGUCAGUUCCUCUUCUAAUGUUGCAAGAUGUGCUGUCAUGUUGUAUGAAUAUACUGGAAAUAAAUGUUAUUUAAAAAAUGAGCAAA